GCUUCCGUGUUGUUUACCAGCAGCAGCAGCAGCAGCAGCAGACACCGGGCGGUGACCGUAAACUGUGACUUUACCGGCAGCUAACGGAGGAUAAACAUCCUCUUAAAGGGACUUUCGGGACUCGCUCGGUGUGUGGCUGGCUAGCUAGCUAGCUGCUAGGCUAACACCGCGCGCUCACGUCGAGUUUAAAAUCCAACGAAGAAGAAGAAGAGUUGUAGUUUCGGUUUUGUAGUUCUGUUAGCAUGGAGGCUAGCGGGGAGACGGCUACCGUAGCUCCAGAAGAAGAAGGUGAACAUCAAGUCCAGGUUGUGAGCCAGGAGGAGGAGGAGGAUGAGCUGGACCUGGACCAGAACCUGGACCUGGACUUGGACCUGGACCUGGACCUGGACCUGGAUCUGGACGAGCUGACGCUAGAAGACCUAAUCCAGAGGGUCCAGGCGGUCCAGACCGACAGCACCACCACCGACUCCAGCAUCUCCACGGAGCCCGACUGGGAGAGCCAGGUGGCGGCCAUGUUGGAGUACAGCUCCACCCUCAAGCAGCAGUUCGAGCAGCUGACCAGGAAGCAGGACGAGGAGGAGGUGGAGCACGAGAAGCACAAGCAGCAGCUGCAGAGGAGGAAGGAGGAGGCGACCCGGCAGCACCAGGCUCUGCUGGACAAACUGGAGUCUCUGCGAGUGAAACUGCAGCUGAACAACUCGAAGGUGGCCAGGAAGAACUUCCUCACCAAGAAGCAGGAGAUGAUGACGGAAAAGACCAGAGCAGAGGACGAGAGGAACAAGUCGGCCAGGGAGCUGGAGGAGAGCGAGCGGAAGCUGGCGGCGCUAACGGAGGAGCAGAGCGAGGAGCAGCGUCGGUGGCAGCAGGAGCUGGAGGAGCUGAGGAGGGAGAUGGAGCGCACCAGGAAGGAGGCGCAGGAGGCUCAGCUGCAGGCGCUGCAGGACGAGAUCGUCGCCGUGGAGACGCAGCGCGACGUGGCCAUGCAGCGCAUCGAGGCCUGGAUCAGGGAGGUGGCUCAGUACCUGAACACUCUGCGGGUGGAGUUUCCACAGCAGUACCCUCACGAGCGGCUCAAGUGGGAGAAGAAUGAAAGUCAGGUCCGGAGGAACCAGGCCGAGCUGCAGGGUCGCUUCCAGGAGGUUCUGAAGCAGCUGCAGCAGGGACGGGAGCCGGAGUCCCUCCCCAGGAUCAACUUACCGACGCUGCCUCAGGUUCCUACGGCCGACCUGAGGUUCAACCAGGUGAUGCAGUCCCUGGUUCGUCCACAGUUCAUGGCCCCGCCCCCUCCGGUCCAGAUGAACCAGCCCCUCCCACCACCACAGAGACACCCCCACAUUUACCAGCAGCGCCACCUCCAACCGGUCCACCCCGUCACUCCUUCCCCGCCUCCCCCAGCUGCUUCUCCUGUCGCCGUUCCUGCUGCUGCCCCGGCCGGCAAACUGGACAAGGUCCUGGAGAAGCUCGGGGCCCGGUUCCCACAAUGCAACAGGGCUCAGCUGACGUCGCUGCUGCAGCAGGUGAAGAGCUCUCGCGGCACCUUGGCCGGCAUGUCCAUGGAGGAGGUCAUCGAGCAGGUCGGCUUCAAGCUGGCCCAGAGCGAGAGGUCGGCGCCGGGGCCCAUCAGCCGGCCCAUGCCGCUGGGGCCCAUCCAGAGGCCGAACGCUCCUCAGCAGAGACCCGGAGCGAUGGUACCGCCAGGCGGAGGUCCAGCCACCGGGGCCCGUAAGCUCUGCCUGAUGUGCCAGAACCACGUGGACCCGGAGAGCCGCCACCCGCUGAGCUGCUCCCACACCAUCCACAGGGACUGCAUCCAGAUGUGGCUCAAGUCCAGCAAGAACAACUCCUGUCCCUUCUGUCCGGCCAAGUGAGACAGGAAGUGAGACAGGAAGUGAAACGUGAGGCUCAAAUCAUAUAUUAAUCAGAGUUAUAUUCUAAAAUAUCCAGUGCUGUAAGCGUUGAAGCUUGAUUUGUGGAUGUAGAAGGGAUCGUCACACCUCGUGCCUGCUGCUGUUUUCCAUUUUGUUUACACUGAAUCUGAGCAACUGUAAUCAGCAAGCCUGCAAUAAAGUACAAGAGGGAAACGUUAA